ACCAACAUCUGCAUAACAGUUAAAAGUCUUUUCUGAUCUUUUAAAUUACGUAUUUCAUUGUAGACCAUUAAUGUCAGCGUCCAAUCGGGAGACGGAUUGACGUCAUAGCGCUCGCGAGCAGCAGGACCAAACAAGCAACAUCUCAGAGCGCGAGCCCUGCAUCUCCGCCUCGUAACGUGAUAGAAGAUAAGAUGGCCACCUCCUCCUCCAAUCUGGAAGAAGACGAAAGUCUGAAAGGCUGCGAGGUUUUCGUGCAGAAACACAACAUCCAGCAGAUCCUCAAAGAGUGCAUCGUCAACCUGUGCAUCGCCAAGCCCGAGCGGCCUAUGAAGUUCCUGCGGGAGCACUUCGAGAAGCUGGAGAAGGAAGAAUGCAAGCAGAUCAUGGCCCGUCAGAAGUCCAACUCGCAGUCGGACUCUCACGAUGAUGAAGUGUCUCCUCCUCCUCCAAACCCGGUGGUGAAGGCCCGGCGCCGGAGAGGUGGGGUCAGCGCCGAGGUCUACACAGAGGAGGAUGCCGUCAGCUAUGUCAGAAAGGUCAUUCCAAAGGACUACAAGACAAUGACCGCCCUGGCCAAAGCCAUCUCUAAGAACGUGCUGUUUGCCCAUCUGGAUGACAAUGAGAGAAGUGACAUAUUUGAUGCCAUGUUCCCGGUCACACACAUCGCUGGGGAGACAGUAAUCCAGCAAGGUGAUGAAGGAGACAACUUUUAUGUGAUUGAUCAAGGAGAAGUUGACGGAAGCACGUUGAGGAAGAGGAAGAUGUAUGAAGAGUUCCUCAGCAAGGUGUCUAUACUUGAAUCCCUUGAUAAGUGGGAGAGGUUGACUGUGGCCGAUGCCCUGGAGCCUGUGCAGUUUGAAGAUGGAGAGAAGAUCGUAGUGCAAGGAGAACCAGGAGAUGAUUUCUUCAUCAUUACAGAGGGUACAGCGUCUGUUCUGCAGCGCAGGUCUGAUAAUGAGGAAUAUGUUGAAGUGGGCCGCCUGGGUCCGUCUGACUACUUCGGUGAGAUAGCGCUGCUAUUGAACAGACCCCGUGCAGCCACAGUCGUGGCCAGAGGCCCGCUCAAGUGCGUGAAGCUGGACCGGCCACGUUUCGAGCGCGUCCUCGGGCCCUGCUCUGAGAUUCUCAAGAGGAACAUUCAGAGAUAUAACAGCUUCAUUUCCCUCACAGUCUAACCCGACCUUUAUGACAUGCAUCUAGACCUCCGUCAGGUUACUUGGGUGCCUGGUUGCAUAAAAUAGGUACUUCAUCAGUUUUGCUUAAAUCAUUAGCUUAACUCUAGUUGAGUUGCUCUGAACAGGGCCGACAGUAAAUAAUAAUAAUAAUAAUAAAAAAACGAUUUCUUUUAUGCAGCCAAGCAUUCAGUUUUUUCUGAAUUUUCUUUUUCUCAUGUGCACUUUGAAUUGACCUAUGCUGUCACAAAGCUUUAUUUCUGCAGAUUAAGAGAGGAAAUGAGGUGCCCAAAUGGACUGAUAUGAAACAUCUUCAUGUGGCAUGUGUAAAUGUCAUAUAGUACGUGAUGCAUGCAGACCAGAGAUGCAUUUUGUACACUUGCCAUUCAGCAUUGAACAGGAAGGUAAUAUUACAGAUGGCACAAGUAUAUGAAUAUGUUUACAUAGAGGAAAGAGUUAUUUUUAUCCUUUGCCAUUUAGCUGUGUGUUUAGCGUGCUGUGUUUAACCUCAUGUGGGUCAGAUUGCUGUCUUGUUCGAGAGCUCUGACCCUCUGAUGCGAAAUCUGUUUAUUGAAAAAUGUUUUUUGCUGUUCUAUAGUGAUAUUUUCUUCUUGGCUGUUCCAUCCACCCUUAACCUUCUCUGAGUUGUGCUUCUGCAGCUGGAAUUAUUGGGAAGGGGUUUGUUACAUUUUAAGACACGAGUUUUAAUAUAGGACAGCUAAAAAAGAGGUUUUCAUGGGAGUCUCGCUGAAGUCUUAAUGUGUUGUAAGAGUUGAAUCUGUAUGCUGUUGCUCUUCUUUUAUUCUUUGCAAUUGUAUUACACACAGAUGCACAUCCACACACAUGCUCUUACAUCCUGAGGCCAUGACAUGUUUGGGUGAAUCUCAUGAAACCUGUCAAGAACAUUUCCAGGUCGUAUUUCACCCCGAUCCCCCCAAACACACACACACACAUAUCAUAGGCUUCAUAUGUGCAGUAUAUACUGAAUGAAGCCUAUUUUUGGACCAUUGAGAUUUGGAAUAGUAUUUUUUGUACUACCUUUAGUUUAUGCUAAUUUAAAU